CGUCGUCGAUACUAAGUUAAUCAACACUAUAGUUGUGGGGGGUUAGUGGGCGGUUAGAUUGGUGCUGCAAAAUCAGUUGGAUUAAAAUAGCUAUUUCGCAUUCGAGGCCAAAGCAGGAUGUCGUAUAAGGAGCUUAGUUCGCCCAGGUUCGACGAGCUGCCACUGGAGAUUGUUCUAAAGAUUUUCAAUUACUUGGGAUACUCGGAUCUGCAGGCGGCAGGCUCGACCUGUCAGCGGUGGCAUGCGGCUCUGGACCAAACCGAGUUUAACGUGCGCACGCGUGUCUGUUUUUCCAAAGUGGUGCUCUCGGAUCAACUUAGUCCUGUGGUAGAUCUUCUGCGAUGCGAGCGUCGUUUCCAGCAUUUCCUGUUCGAGGAUGUGACCCUGGGUCAGGUGAAGGAAUUGAUGCGGUUCAUGGGGCGCACGGCCCACUCCCUCGCCCUGGAUAAUGUGGACCUUAACGAUAAGCAGUUCUAUGGAAUGUUGGGCGUACUUCCGCACCUUCACUCGUUAUCGCUGAAGCGUUGCCUGCCGCUGUUUAUGUCGGGCUCCUUCCUGGAUUCCUGCACCAACUCCUGCCCCGACUUGAACGAUCUGGCCAGCAAUCUGGCCGGUAUCCGCGAGCUUACUUUGUGCGAGAACCAGUAUCUCACCGACGCUAUUCUUAUGAGGCUUACUUCGUUCAUGCCUGCUCUUGAGGUCAUCAAUAUGUCCGGCUGCCACAUUGCAUUUCACAAUGCCAUCCAUCGGAGGUUUUAUCCAGCCACAAGUUCCUCGGACCAUGUGCUGCCGAGUGAAUCGGUUCUGACAUUCAAGUUCAUCCUUACAAUCCUAAGCCUGCAGAAGCGAACGUUGCGGGAGCUGGACUUUAGCCACACACUUAUCGGCCAGGCUCUGCUGGCCCUCUGUGACUUAAAUCUCCAGCUGCACCGUCUUUACUUAUCCGGCUGCAGGCAGUUAAACGCAGCCACCAUCAGGAGCUUUCUGGCCACCCAGCCCCACUUGAGUGCUCUGCAUUUGUCGGCUACCAUGUGUGUGAACGACGACAACCUGGCGGCGCUGGUGCAAACGAACCCCAUGUUGGAGCACCUAAAGAUCAACGGAUGCCUAAGCAUCACCAAUGCCGGCGCCAUCCAUCUUGCAAAGCUGAAGCGACUCAAAAGUCUGGAUAUCUCGAAUUGCGAUAGCGUAACUAGUAGCGGCAUCAUAGAGGGAGUGGCUAGCGAGGAGAACCAAGUUCUGCAGGAGUUGAACGUAUCCUGCUUGCAGAUUUGCGAGGAGUGUGUCAAGGCCAUUGCCAGCAAUCUACGCUCUCUGCGCUCCCUGCAUCUUAACCACUGCAUUAAUGGGGUCACCGAUGAGGCUGUCCAGUCAAUUAUUGGACAAUUACGUUGGCUGCGGGAUCUAUCCUUGGAGCACUGCAGUGGGAUUACAGACGCAGCACUCACAGGCAUAAACAUAUCUAAGCUGGAACUGAGCCGAAAGCAGUCUGGCUCUCAAGUAUCCUCGAUGGAUAACUUUUAUCCUCCCUACUGCAACAGUCUGGCUGAACGCGACAGCAUGGCCGGAUCUCUGCAGUCCAUUAAGAUAUCAUUGCGGAGCAAAGCCGAGGAUGAGAUAGUGCGGGAUGCCAGGCGCAAGCAGGCUAUGCUCGCCGCCUAUGAAAUGAACUUGAUCCGCGAUGACGACUUCGAAGGGCACAAUAUUCAGCAGCUCCGGGGUCUUCGAUCGCUGAAUCUGCGCGGCUGCAACAAGAUCAGCGAUGUAUCCCUGAAGUAUGGGCUCAAGCACGUGGAACUGAGGCGCCUUUUGCUCUCAAACUGCCAACAAAUCUCGUUGCUGGGCAUGGAGGCGGUUGCCAGCAGCUGUCCCUCCAUCGAAGAGUUGGAUCUUUCCGACUGCUACAACAUCACGGACAAGACUAUUCAGGUGAUCACCGCUAAGAUGCCCCGCCUGCGAGCUCUUCACAUCAGCGGCUGCAGCCAACUGACCGAACACACUCUGGACGCCAUCAUCACCAACUGCACAUGCCUGCAGACCCUGUCCAUAUACCGCUGCCGCAACAUGUACUCGGACCUCGAGGAGCGGCUGUCUGGGGUGCGGACUCUGCGCAAUCUCAACAUGGACAAUCUGACGACCAUUGACAACGCCGAAUUCUUCCGUCUUAAGAAGCGUCUCGAUUACUGAUAUUUCGCUGCUAUUUUCAUUGUCCUGGUACUCUACUACUUUCAGCUGUACAACUUCCGCUAGUCAAUCGCCCCAGUCGUCC